AUGUCUCUAUUUCUGUUGUCUGGAAAGGUAGCCUUACUUACAGGGGGUACCAAUGGUAUAGGUUUGGGCUAUGCUAAGGGUUUAGCUAGUGCCGAUAUCGAUCAAUUGAUUUUAACAUAUAGGUCUAAAUCGACAUUAGAUAAAGCAAUUAAAGUCAUCAAAGAAGUUAACCCAAAUGUUCAAAUAGAUGGAAUAGAAGCAGAUUUUUUAACUUCUGACAUUGAUAAAUUAGUCGAAACAAUUUCGGAAGAGGCUUUUAAAUUAUCCAAGAGUUCUAAGGUAGAUAUACUUGUCAAUAAUGCUGGUACAACCCAUAGACAUCCAUUUGAAGAAUUUCCCCAAAAAGAUUUCGAUGAGAUAAUUUCUAUGAACUUGCUACUUCCUGUUAAACUUACAAAGCAAAUUGGAUCUAAAAUGUUAGAAACCAAAACACAAGGAAGCAUUGUUUUCACAGCCUCAUUGAUGUCUUUCCAAGGUGGACACAAUACAACGGCUUACUCUAUAACGAAAGGUGCAAUUAAACAAUUCACUCAAGCUCUUUCCAAUGAAUGGUCCCCUAAAGGAAUCAGGGUUAACAGUAUUGCUCCAGGAUAUAUUGCAACCAACCUUACUGAUACUAUGGAUCCUACUCGCAGGGAAAAAAUCAGUCAACGCAUUCCUAUGGGAAGAUGGGGAGACAUGGAUGAUUUCCAAGGACCAAUUGUUUUCUUGGUAUCAGAUGCUGGAAGAUAUGUUACUGGGGAAACGUUGGUCGUAGAUGGCGGCUGGUUAGGCGCUUAG